AUGCUCGCAUCACUUCAAAAAGCUGCUGCUGCUAAUACCGCUACUGCCGCUCGAGUAGCAUCCCCUACUGCCCGUCGGUUUGCGGUCACAGUCGCCGGCUCCGAGGCUGCUGCUAAGGAGCAAUUGUCUACUGCUUACCCUCCUCUGAAGGUUGCGUGGUUCACCGCUUCUUGGUGCGGUCCUUGCAAACAAGUGACUCCUUACAUCGAGAACCUUGCUAAAAACAACGAUAAAGUGUCCUUCAUCAAGAUCGACAUCGAUGACUUCGAUGAUAUGGCUCAAGAGAACAAGGUCAUGUCUGUCCCUACGUUUGCUUUCUACAAGGAUGGCAAGGAGGUUCAGCGCGUGACCGGAGCUGAUCCCGUGAAGAUUGAGGAGAUUGUUAAGCAAUUAUGUCAGUAA